UGCACUUUAGAGAGCGCUGCUCACAACUGAAUUUGCAUUGAAUUGCACUUGCGUCUGCCCUCGCAUCGUGAUCAAGGAAUCAUUGCUUUUCAUGCGAUGCUGCUAUCACAUCAUGGUCUCCUGCAGUUUUCUGACCGCAGAGAAAGCUGAUCAUCAUUAAGACAAUUAGGUUCGAGAACCUCGAACAGAACAAUUUGCGUUUUCCCGCAAGUUCUUCACAAUUCAUCUUCCAGUCUUUUGCCCCCAGGGGAAAAUAUUUCUUCAAGCCCUCAGUCGCUUAGGAUCUGGUUGGUGACGAAAUAUUUACGUCUUUCAACAUUUUGGAAGCGUUGUUUAAGAGAAUUUUUUGUAUGUCAAUUCGGUUUAAACAACGUUAACCAGCUGACGGAAACCUCAACUUGAAAUGAGCGGGCCAUGAUUCUUUGGCUAAGAAAGAUUCGAAAACCGCCCGCCAAUUAGAACACUGAAGAAUUUGAUCGAAAAAUUGACAGAACCAAGCAAGAUACAAACUAUCUCGACGAAAAUGGAACACAGUACCUUGAUAACACCAACCAAUUUCAAGGGGAACUUUUCGACGACUUCUCCGCCAACAAAUGGAACUUUGGUCGACAAGUACUCAGGCGAGGUGAUAGCUUUCGUUACAGGAAGCAAGAUUGGAAUGAUCGUAGGAAUUAUUAUAGCCAUCAUCAUUGUUAUAGUGAUAUUGGUGUGUAUCCGUCAAGCUUACAAAGGAUUGAAGGAAGCAAAGGAGCGAGCUUUGACAAAACUUGGAGCCCUGAUAAAGAGAGAGGAAAACGUCGAAUUGCCUGAUGCAGCCCCCGAUAUGGAGUUGUCAGCGGUGCAGCCGGCCUCGACAGAUAAAAAGAAACUGGAACAUCUUGGAAAGAUCAAGUUUUCUCUUGCUUACGACGAAGAACUAUCUGAAUUGAGAGUAAAAGUUUAUUACUGCGAGGGAUUGCCAAUGAAAUUCGUUGGUGGAACGGUUUACACUUACGUUGAAGUAGAAAUGUUUCCCUUUCAUCGAAUGACUGCCAAUAAACCGCGAACAAAGUACAUCAGAAACGAGUUUAAUCCCGUUUUCGACGACGAGGUUCGUAUCAAAAUUCUCAAAGAAGAAGUCGACGAUCAGAAGAUGUAUCUUCACGUAUGUGAUUACAAUCAGAUCUCAACCAGAGAUUUGAUUGGCUCAUACAAGUUAGAGCUCGAUGACGUCAGCUUUAAAAGCAAAGCCAAAGAGACAAUAUAUGAAGGCGACCUGAGAUGGAUUGAUUCGGUCCGCGGCGCAGAGCGCGGAGAUAUUCUGAUAUCAAUGCGAUAUUUUGGAAGGGAUAGCGAGGUUACUGUGAAAAUAAAGGAAUGCAAGGGACUGAGACCCUUCCCUGGAAAAGUGUCGUGCAACUCCUACGUCAAGCUUCACCUCGUGCGAGGCUCAAAAAUAAUAACAUCAAAGAAAACAAAGGUUGUAAAGAAAAACCUCGAGCCAAAAUUUGAACAAGAACUAAAAUUCACAGUAGAAGAAGAUCUUCUGGACGAAGUCAACCUUGUUAUUCAUGUCAAAGACAGGCCGCUGAUUGGUCGAAAACGUCUCAUAGGUGAGCUUUGCAUUGGUUGCCAAGGAGUCGGACAGGCGCUUGCGCAAUGGCAGCUUAUGGUAGAAAAGGAAGUGGUGAUGUGGCAUCAACUUGAACUGUUGAAUAUUGUGCCGGGAAAAACAGAUCUUCAAACCACCAUGGCGACUUUGCAUGGCUGGGAAUCGACUUCCGAGGACUCGGAGAGCGAGGAAGAAGAUGGAAUGUUUACGGGACUGUUACCGAGUGGCUUGUUUCCUUCAGACCAUAAACCUGCAAAGAAACCUAAAAAGCCAAAGAUAUCAAAGAAGCAGUCAAAACUUUGACAGCUUUUUUUUUUAACUUCAAAACAACGUCAAUUUGAAGACUCAUUCAAUCGUUAUGAACUCGUCCAAAACGCACCACCUCCGACCCAGAUUCCCCUCGUGAAAGUUUUUUUGAAGUUUGGGCUUGAAUAUGGAGAUCUGGCAACGAUCUGGCAAUGUUCCUAAACUACUUUGUAGCAAAAAUUACGACAACACUGAAUCAAAAACGAAAAAUUCAACACGGGGUGUUUAUCCGGCUCAGCAAACUCAAAAUGAAGACAGUAAAUUAGAAGCUUAGUUCAAAAUGCGAAGCCCCUGCAAAAAUUCGUUGGCAAUUGCAAUAAAACUUAAGUAAUAGGAAGAAAAAUAAUGAGGCAAUAUUUCUCCUCGUAACAGAGCCGGGAAUCCUUGAAGGCUAAAGUUGAUUUGGCUAGAAGACUCCGAAGCCUUUCAGGGAAGCAAGUGACUAUUUUGAAUUGUAAUUGCCUACGUUUAGUGAGAGAUUUUGGAUAACUGUAUAUUUAUUUAUGUUGGGUUUGUAAUAAUAUUUCUUAUUGCUAACUGAAUUGAGAAUCCUGAGAAUGCGAGGGUUGGAAAAA